AUGAAUGUACUAGUUUAUAAUGGCGAUGGUACUACACCAGGCUCGGUUAAACAUACUGUAGAAACUCUUCGUCAUUUUUUGGAACCCUAUUAUGCUGUUAGUACGGUAAAUGCAAAAAUUUUAAAGAUGGAGCCAUGGACUUCAAAGGCUGCUGCAAUAGUUUUUCCAGGUGGUGCUGAUUUACCAUACGUUGCUGAUUGUGACCCUGUUAUUUCUGUCAUAAAAAGAUUUGUGGAGAAUGGCGGUGUAUAUAUUGGUUUUUGUGCUGGUGGUUACUUUGGGACAAGUAGAGUGGAAUUUGCUCAAGGUGAUCCAUCAAUGGAAAUAACUGGGCCAAGAAAGUUGAAAUUUUUUCCUGGUAUUGGAAGAGGUCCGGCAUAUAGUGGUUUUCAGUACAAUAGUGAAAAGAAUGCAAAAGCUAUCAUUCUUAAAGUUUCGGAUGGCUCUAGUUUUAAAACGUAUUUUAACGGCGGUCCCUUAUUUGUUGAUGCUGAGACGUAUGAUAAUGUUGAAAUUUUAGCUACAUUUCCUGAGCCAACAGAUGUCAAUGGUUUUAGCACAUCGGAUAAAAGAACGGAUGCGGCAGCGGUGGUUUUAUCCACUGUUGGUAAAGGUAAGGCACUUUUAGUUGGUGCUCAUCCAGAAUUUAUUCCACGUCUUCUGAAAAAGUCAAAAAAUGUAGAUUUUCCACCUAAGUUAUUAAAAACAUUGGAGGAACAUGAAACUUCUAGGUUAAACUUUAUGAAAUAUAUUAUUUCUAAAGCAGGAUUACAUUGUAAUAAUAGUGUACUUUCUGCUAGUAACCCAAAUUUAACACCUAUAUUAGUUUCAUCAUUGCCACUCAGACGUUCAAUAUUAAACAAAUUCGAGGAAACUCUAUUUAAUAUAUCUAACUCAAAUAUUUCCCCGUAUACUCCUUUUAAGGUUUCUGGAACUACCGAUGACUUCGAGAUAUUUCAUGGCCUUCUAAAAUCCUUUAAUAAGGCACAAGGCACAUUAAUUGAUCAAGAACCCGAUGAAGUUGCUAAAACAAUCAUCUUCCCAGAUAUUGAUGAAAAUAUUCCAUCUGUGGCAUAUACACCAAAUUUUGAUAUUCAAAAAUAUUUUAAUGCUCUAAAUCCUUCUAACACAGUUGGCUCUGUCAUAAUGUACGGUGAAGUCGUUACUUCAACUUCUUCGCUGUUGAAUAAUAAUAAAGUCUUACUAGAAUCAUUACCAGAUAAUUCAGUUUUACAUGUAGGUACGAUUCAAGUAUCUGGUUCUGGUAGGAGUGGGAAUACAUGGAUCAAUCCUAAGGGUGUAUCUGCCUCUACUGCAGUAAUAUCUUUGCCAUAUACUUCAGCAUCAACUCAAAAGCCGGUAUCUAUAGUUUUCAUUCAGUAUUUAUCUAUGCUGGCAUAUACUAAGGCUAUUUUAUCAUAUGCACCUGGCUUCGAAGAUUUACCUGUUCGUAUAAAAUGGCCAAAUGAUAUGUAUGCUCUAGAUCCAAAAUAUUACAAGGCAAAUAAUAUCCAAUUGUUAGGUAAGGGUGUGCACACAUUGGCGCCUUUAACUGAUAUUGAGCCAGCCUACUUAAAAAUUGCAGGGCUAUUAGUCAACACACAUUUUGCUACCAAGAAGUAUAUUGCUCUGCUUGGGUGUGGUUUAAAUAUUGACAACGAUGGUCCAACUACAUCAGUAAAUAGUUGGGUUGAUCUUCUUAAUGAAGAGCGUCAAAUGUCAAACUUAAGUCCAUUGCCGCAUGUAUCUGUGGAAACUUUACUUGCUAAAUACAUGAAUAACUUUGAAAUAAUUCUCGACCAAUUCAUCAAUUAUGGAGUCCAACCACUUUUACCGCAGUAUUAUGAUCUUUGGUUACACUCUAAUCAAAUAGUUACUCUGGGAGAUUACGGUAAUUCUCAGGCUAGAAUUGUAGGAAUUACUGAGGAUUAUGGUUUAUUAAUCGCUAAAGAACUGGAAAGUGGUAGCUUAACAAGUUUCACCGGUAAGACUUUCCAUCUUCAACCAGAUGGUAAUUCUUUUGAUAUAUUUAAAGGACUAAUCUCUAAGAAGGUAUGA